GGUUUGGGUUUUUAGAGGAUUUUGAUGAUAUUUUAGGGUUUGUGAAAUAUGGGGUUAGGGGGUGAUGAUUCAAAGGUGGGGAAGGUGAAGGGUUUGGAUGUGGAGAAAUCAAAGAGGAGUAACAAAGAGGUUUUAGGGUCUGGGGAGUUGAGAGGGAGUUGGGUUAAGUUGAGGUUCAUUACUUGUUGUAUUUCUUCAAGUUCAAGAUCUAAGGUUGAUACCUCUAUCAGUGGCAUCAGUACUCACUGUGAAAGUAAAUGCACAAAUGAUACGAGUAUAGACCAGCCCGCUGCUCCGGUAAUUUCUUCGACUGCUACCAGCAUUGCGGAAAGCAAUUCGUCUACCUCCAAACUCGAAGAGGAACUUAAAAUCUCAUCUCGGCUUCGGAAGUUCACGUUUAAUGACCUGAAGUUGGCAACGAGAAAUUUUAGACCCGAAUCGCUUCUUGGCGAAGGAGGUUUUGGCUGCGUGUUCAAGGGGUGGAUCGAAGAGAACGGCACAGCGCCAGUCAAACCGGGGACGGGACUUACUGUAGCUGUGAAAACUCUGAAUCACGAUGGGCUUCAGGGUCACAAAGAGUGGCUGGCCGAAGUGAAUUUUCUCGGUGACCUCGUUCAUCCUAAUUUGGUGAAACUGGUCGGUUACUGUAUCGAAGAUGAUCAGAGGCUUUUGGUUUAUGAAUUCAUGCCCCGAGGAAGCUUGGAAAACCACCUAUUUAGGAGGUCUCUGCCUCUUCCUUGGUCUGUUAGAAUGAAAAUUGCUCUCGGUGCUGCUAAAGGGCUUGCUUUUCUUCACGAGGAAGCACAAAGACCAGUCAUAUACCGUGAUUUCAAAACAUCCAACAUCCUAUUAGAUGCUGAUUACAAUGCCAAACUUUCUGAUUUUGGACUUGCCAAAGACGGUCCAGAGGGCGAUAAGACACAUGUCUCUACUCGUGUCAUGGGAACCUACGGUUAUGCAGCACCAGAGUAUGUGAUGACAGGACAUUUGACAUCGAAGAGUGAUGUCUACAGUUUUGGUGUAGUUCUUCUUGAAAUGAUUACGGGUAGACGAUCAAUGGACAAGAACCGGCCUAACGGGGAACAUAACCUAGUGGAAUGGGCACGGCCACAUCUGUGCGAAAAAAGGAGGUUUUACCGGUUGAUAGAUCCCCGGCUCGAGGGUCAUUUUUCCAUAAAAGGCGCCCAGAAAGCUGCACAAUUGGCUGCUCGGUGCCUUAGUCGGGACCCAAAAGCUAGACCGAUGAUGAGCGAAGUCGUUGAAGCCUUGAAGCCUUUGCCGAAUCUGAAAGACAUGGCGAGCUCGUCCUACUAUUUCCAGACCAUGCAAGCCGAUCGGAUCGCGUCCAGCCCGAACACUAAAAACGGCGUUAGAUCGCAGGGUGCGUUCUCGAAGAACGGACAGCAAAACCCGAGGAGCCUUUCGAUACCGAAUGGUUCUCAUGCUUCGCCGUAUCGUCAGUUUUCCCAGAAUUCACCAAAACCAAAUGGUAAAGCAUAGAAUUGUGAGGAGUGAAGCCAUUACCCACCCUUUUCUCCCAUUCUUUUUCUCUCUCCCUUGAGAUUAUGGAAAUAUAUUUUGUUGGCUCAUUGUCCAUGGAUAACUAACAAAGGAAAAAAAGAACAGGUUAUAUUAAGUUACUGUUAGUUUGAGAGUGGUAAAGCCCCUCUGGAAAAAAAAAAAAAGAAUGUAAUUUAAACAGAGCUGAUGUGAUGUGAUGUCCAUGGAGUAAAUAUUUCAUUUCAUUGUGUUUAUACAUC